AGUACUUAUAUGUGGGCUUAUUGGAGAAUAGCGAUCACUUUCUAUGUCUGUGCUUUCUUUCUUUCUUUAAACAAAAGGCUUUUAGUUUCUUCAAGUGAAGUACCGAUAUUGAGAUUCCUUGAAACAAAGUAAAUGGCUUGAUAUCUAAAGGGAUAUUAUUCUUUACUCAUGUAUAAAUUUGCUGUUCUUGUUGUCUUUCUUCUCAUAUUCUUUGCUCUUUCUUCAAACUGUUGGCGUGAUAAUAAUCUGUUACUUUCCCAGCGAAAUAUGAGUUCAAGUUUCAGGUUUUACAGAUGACAGAGUAUAGCAAGUGGGAUGAUGCUGAAUCACUGAAAGAAUUAAUUGGCUGUGGUGUGAUGUGGAAAUUAUUCAGAACUUAUACAAAGGAUAGGAUGCUGUUUCAUUGCAAUUAAAGGGUCAGGUAGACUGGUUUUUAAAGCAUCAGGGCAGCACAGAAAUCAAAGCAUGUCCAGUAAAUCAUACUACCAACAGGUCCAAGAGGUUGAGCCACGCUGCUUGCCUCAGUUUCAAACUUUAGACCACCAGCUCAGAUAUGGUGACAGCAGCAAAGGAAUGCUCUUCUCCUCUCAGAAUUCUUAUGAACAAUACUGCACCCUGGAAUCAUCUUCAGGGAAUACAGUUUACACUAUAUAUAACUCACCGUCAACUGUCACUUUCUCAUCUAAUGGAAGCCCAAUGUCACAGCCAGAAUUUCAGUCAUGCCCCAUUGAUCUGCGCCAUUCUCCUGACAAUGCCUAUGGCUCUCCUAUGAGUGGAUCAUGCAUAACAAACGAUGCAAGUGAUUUCAUGCUGAAGCUGAGAGAACUGGAAACUGUAAUGUUGGGACCAGAUGUUGACAGCAUUGAUAGUAACUUUCAAAAUGGCACCUAUAUGGACACACCGGAGAUGGACAGCGUGGGACAAAUACUGGGGGCUAUAUCGAGAGGGGACUUGAAACAGGUCCUCAUUGCCUGUGCAAAAGCUGUGUCAGAUAAUGACUUGUUGAUGGCACACUGGUUGAUGGAUGAAUUACGUAAAUUGGUGUCAGUUUCAGGUGAGCCAAUCCAGAGGCUGGGAGCAUAUAUGUUGGAGGGGCUUGUUGCCCGGCUGAACUCCACAGGGAGUUCAAUCUAUAAAGCUUUGAGAUGCAAAGAACCAGCAAGUGCUGAUCUUCUUUCCUACAUGCAUAUUCUAUAUGAGGUUUGCCCCUACUUCAAAUUUGGUUAUAUGUCUGCCAAUGGAGCCAUUGCGGAAGCUAUGAAAGGUGAAGACCAAGUUCAUAUCAUUGACUUUCAAAUAGCUCAGGGUAGUCAAUGGAUCACUCUGAUCCAGGCAUUUUCAGCAAGGCCAGGUGGACCACCCUGCAUACGCAUUUCAGCUAUUGAUGAUAACACAUCUGCUUAUGCACGUGGGGGAGGACUGACUAUAGUGGGAAACAGGCUCUCUAGGCUUGCUGAAAAAUUUAAGGUGCCAUUCGAAUUCCAUGCUGUAAAUGUUUCUGGUUACGAUGUUCGGCUAGAGCAUCUUGGGGUUCAACCUGGGGAAGCUGUGGCUGUAAAUUUUGCAUUCAUGCUGCACCACAUGCCUGAUGAGAGUGUGACAACUGAGAAUUAUCGGGACCGGCUACUGAUGCUAGUUAAGAAGCUGUCCCCAAAGGUGGUCACCCUUGUUGAGCAGGAAUCUAAUACAAAUACUGCUGCCUUCUUCCCACGGUUCCUUGAGGCACUGAACUACUACACAGCUAUGUUUGAAUCAAUAGAUGUGACCCUCCCUAGGGAUCACAAGGAGCGCAUCAAUGUUGAGCAGCACUGUCUAGCAAGGGAUGUUGUCAACAUAAUUGCUUGUGAAGGACCUGAGAGGGUGGAACGACAUGAACUUCUUGGAAAGUGGAGACAACGGUUGACAAUGGCGGGGUUUCGGCCAUAUCCAUUAAGCUCUGUGGUUAACUCCACGAUUAAGACAUUGCUAGAAAACUACUGUGAUAGAUACAGGCUUCAAGAGAAAGAUGGGACUCUCUUUCUUGGUUGGAUGAAUAGAGAUUUAAUUGCAUCUAGCGCAUGGAAUUGAAAACUAAAAACGAUUUAACUUUUUGGAACCACUGCCCUUGUAGUUGCUAAUGGCUUUCUUAAAUAUGUGCCUUAGCUGUGUACCCUGUACUUCUUAAAGUUGGCCAUUUUCUUUCACACCA